GGCGUUGGCGUCCUCUAGUACUAAUUCAUACAGAUACGCAUGGAAUUAGCUUGACGCUCGCUGACGAAUUUUGUGUAAUGCACAGCAAUGUAUAAAACUUCCCCGACAUGCGGGUGAAAAAAUGCGCCUACAAGUAUAGUAUGCACAGCUGACUAUCUAGCAAGUCUCUUCGUUUCCACAUCCUCGACAGUUCAUUUUCCGUACUACCGAGCUCUCUCACCGUGUCCGCACAGACAGCAGUAAUUAAAAAUUCCUUCGUCAGCGUCAUGGACGAGUCAAACACAUCAGCGAAACAGAGAGAUGGGAAACGAGCGUUGUUGAACUCACCGCUGGUUGGCGCACCUCCGAGUUGUCGGACGAAGGAGAAGGAUCCACCACCCUAUGGUGCACAGCAUCGUCAGACUGCACUUUGGGAAGGCGGUAAUGAAGCGCUUCCUCCUCAAUGGCGGCAGUAUAAGUUACUGGAUGGCAAAAUAGCAUAUCAAGAUACAACACUUGCUACGACUUCAGGAAACCGACCUUUACCAGGAGUGCGAAUGGAUUAUCUUGGACAACUGGUUCCCGGAUGCGAAUGGCACAUCUCACCGCUCGGUCGUUCCUACUUUGUCAAUCACAAUACCAAAACCACGUCGUGGAAGAAACCAGUGUCUGAGCGUCCACCAGAGUGCUUGACGCCAGAGUGCAUCAUCGAGGGUCAUUCCGAAGUCAUUUGGGGCCUUGUCCGUUUGGGUACCGGUUCCAAUAUACUGAGCACGUCAGGUGAUGGUUCAAUUCGUCAGUGGACAAAAGACGGAGAGCCAUUGGAGAGGCCUUGGACUAGUGACGGAGGAGCGGUACUCUCAAUAGCAAUAUCUCCAGAUGAGUCAAUGGUCAUGAGCGGAAGCACAGAUGACAAGCUACGACUGUGGAAUAUCAGGGAGGGCAGCGUGGUCGGUGACCCGUGGGAGGGGCAUGAGAGUUCAGUGUGGUGCAUCGAAUGGUCUCCCAAUGCCCGGGAGAUAGCAAGUGGAUCAUCAGAUGGCACCAUACGACGCUGGGACCCAGAUACUGGUCGACAGAUAGCACCACCAAUAGAGACCGGCCAUGGGUGGGUUUGCGCUGUCAGAUACUCUCCCCAAGGGGACAAAUUCACGAGCGGCGGAAAAGACAAGGCGAUCCGUAUGUGGUCAAAGGACGGCGAGCUGCUCAUGGAGAUCGAGGGCCAUGACAGUUUGGUGACAUCGUUGUGUUGGUCCAGGGACGGCGCAUACAUUUUCUCAGCGUCCUUCGAUCGCACCAUCCGAAAAUGGCGGUCGAUUGAUGGGAAGGAGCUCGUUGUUUUUCAGGGUCAUACUGAUGCCAUCAUCUCCCUUUGUCUUUCUCCUGACGAAAGCCAUCUUAUUAGCGCAUCAAUUGACCACUCAGUUCGCAUCUGGGACCCCAAGACCAAUCAGCCAGUUGGAGACCCGCUCUUGCACGACGACGAAGUUUGGGCUGUCGUCAUUUCUGCUGAUGGAAAAUAUAUCAUUAGUGGUGGAUCAAACGCAAAGAUAUAUGUGUGGAACCUGGAGGCAGCGCUCAAAUAUGCAGGCGAUGAUCAUUGGGCAAUAACAAUCAUGCGGGACAUGCUGCGCACUGAGGUGACAGAUUUGUCACUCGAAAAGCACGGACUUCGUUUCAAAGCCACGUCUGCAACUGUCGAACAACUGGAGAGUGCAUUCAUGCAUCAGCUCGCAGAAAAAAUGCAGGAGGUGGCACCUAACCUGUGGCAUCUAUUCUUCACGCUGCUCGACAGCACACUUCAGCAGCGGCGAGCUAUGGGUGGGAAUGUGAAGGUGGGCAAUGAGGACAUGGAUAUCUAUGUUGAAGAGAGGGACCUUGGAGAAUUUGGAGGUGACGACAUUGGAGGAAUGAUGCGCGAAGAAGACGACGUGAAUGAAGAAGCUGUUAUUCCACCAUUGUUGAAUAACAGGGGAAUCUAG